GUGCUUAUCAAGAUGAGUUGAAAAGAACACAGCAGGAGAAUUAGGAGUGUGGCAAAAGGAAGGAGAGAGGGAGUGAGAAUGACGCUCUAGCAGUAGGUGGCUACAGUAGGCAGUGGGCGUGUUCUUGUUGUUGUGAUCUAUAGUUGGGAAGCCCGGUGUCAUCUGCUUAAGCACAGAGCGACUCUACAGCCCUGUGUGGACGAGCAGGGCUGAGGGAGCCGGCAGGGGAUGCCAUCACUGGAAACUCACUCUGCUUUACCGCGGUCUAAACCUUCAGGGCACCGUGGAUAAGGACUCCUUUCACCUGCAUGACACUCUGAGACAUUUUAUGCAUUUGGACAUAUUCAAGCAGAAGGAGAGACAUUCUGGGAAAGAAGAAAGACUGUGAGCGCCUGGCGUGCAUCUGCAAGAGGAGUUUGAUGUGUGAGAGUGUUUGAGAGUGCCAGUGUGCAUUUGUGUCAUGCUUUUGGUCGCGGGUGCGGUCUGUUGCUACGCUGCAUCUUCCUUCUGUCUCUAGCAUGUGCAGAUGUGUGGAGAAGUGAAGCUGGCACCGGGUUAGGAGUUUGGCUCCAUCUGGACUGGAGGGGUCACGUCUCCCUUUCUGCCCAGGGAAGGGAGUAUUGGGCUGGGCACCCAAUGUCCCCACUCCCCUCUAGCACCAGCCUGAUCCUGGAUCAUAUGGACUCCUUCUAGCAAGUCAAACAGUUGGACUAUACGAUGGAUGGAAGUCUAUGUGGAUUUAAGUGGAAUAGUGCAUUGGUUAUGCAGCAUAGUUCAGAGUUCACUAGCAUGCACUGGACUCAUCAGGAGAAGACAGAAGACAAGUUAGUCCACAAACUAGCAGGAACACAGCUCUAUUAAUGCUGUGGAAACACUUGAAGAAUGAUGAGCUCCAAAGAGGAGGAAACUCUCCGUUUUUUCCAGUAUGUUGAGGAGAAUGGGCUGAGAGCCUACAACGGCCUAGUGGCUCAGAACUUGGACCACACCAGGAAUGAGAAAAAUCGGACAUUCCUGCAGGAGAAAAACGACAAGAAGAGAAAACAGGAGGAAGCCAUAAGGAGGACAGGUGAGGACAUUGCAACUGAAGGCAAGCACUUACGUAUGGGCUCUAUUACCAUGCCGGACCCCCAGGAACGCAUGCCCCACCCGCAUGCCCUCGCCUGUGGGCAGGGCUUCUCCGUGCGCUCCCAGUCCCUCCACUCUGUCGGCGGUGGGAACAGUGGGGGCGGAGGAGAGGAGGAGGUAGGGAGCCCGACCUCUAGGAAGCAGCCCCCACCCAAGCCCAGGAGGGACCCGGCCACCAAGCUGAGCAUGUCGUCUGAGGCGGUGGACCACAGUCCCACGUCCACCUGCCGUGGGGAGCGAUGUGACGGAGCUCAAGGAUGCAGUGAGGACUGCAGGCGGAUGCCUCCACCCAAACCCAAGAGGAACCCCAACACGCAACUGAGCGUUUCCUUCGAUGAAUCCUUCAUCAAGAGCCACGGUGGGGUUUGCAGAGCCCUCCACCACGUCACCUCCCCUUAUGAACUCAGCCAGUCACCUCCGCAGAGUGACGAGAGCCCUACAGACGACUGCGAAGAUGAACCUGUCUACAUAGAGAUGGGUGGCGUUGAUGUCGGAGCACGAGAACCCCUGAGGAGUGAGGACGAGGAGCCGGGGGAGUCUGUGUACGAGGAGAUGAAGUACCCAGUUCUUGAUGAUAUGGAGUACCGCACUGACCCUGUGGGAUGCCGCUCCGCGUGCCCCACCCCGGCCCCCUAUGACCCUGAACCUCUCAGUCGCUGCUCGACACCUCGAAACAUUCCACUCUGUGACAUUCCUGCACCCUUUCCCAAUUUGCUCACCCAUCGGCCUCCUUUGCUGGUGUUCCCACCGGCGCCGGCUCAGUGCUCGCCUAACUCAGACGAGUCCCCCCUCACCCCUCUAGAUGUAAACAAAUUGCCAAUGAUGGACAACCAAUCCUACAGUAAAUCUCCAACAUCAUCCAGCGAGCAACCCUCCUCUGCUCACCUCCGCAGGGAGCUCACCGCCACCCCGACCCUCACCAUCUCUGGCCGCUCUUCUGCGCCUCCUCUUCCCUGUACCCUCUACAAGUCCUCCUCCUCAUCCUCCUAUCAGCGCAGCCACUCUGCUUGCCCAUCACCGGUCAGCAUGGGCCGCUGUCUCACCCCUCUCAGCCUCAUGCGUACACCUCCCUUCGAUGCUCCGAUGCCAUUCCCCGGGGGGCUGCCGCGGAGCGCCUCGGCCACCCCUCACGGCAAAGGCUCCCCACCUCAGGACGGUGGGGGCCGACUCCAUGGCUCUAUGCAGAAUGUGUCGACAGGGCGAUCACGGACCCCCACCAGCCCACUGGACGAACUUACCAACCUGUUCACAACUGGGAGGAACAUGCUGAAGAAAAACGCCAGUGGCAGGAAGUCUAAAGAGCCUGGAGAGACUGAGUCCAAAAGCAAAUCUCACAGCGAGUCCAAGCGCGAGGGCAAGGAGCGCCACAGCCACAGCAAGGAGUCCAAACGAGAGUCCAAGGAUCGCCACAGCAAAGAGUCUUCUCACCGGAAAGACCGGGAAAAAGACAGAGACAAAGACCGGGACAAAGACAGAGAUAAAGAAAGACAAAAAGACAGUGACAAGGCGCCACCGGGCCGCAGGGACAGCAGGGACCAGGGCUGCAGCAGUGUGGAGCCCAUCCCUCUGAUAAGAAGGGACUCCAAGGACCGAGGGCUCAGCAAUGGUGACCUAAUGCUGAGGAGAGACAGUAAAGAUCGGGGUGGGGGACACGCGAUGGAGUCUUUGAUGAGACAGGACAGCAAGGACAGACUGCUCGAUCAGCCCCCUGAGCUGUUACCAAAACAAGAGAGCAAGGAAAGGUCAAGAAACGGUGUGGACGGUAGACAUGAAAGCAGAGAGAGACUGCUGGAUCAGCCGCCUGAGCUCUUACCACGACAGGAUAGCAAAGAGAGAGACAGGAACGGGGUGGACUCAAAGCAUGAAAGCAGAGACAAGCCGCCUGAGCUUCUCCCUCGACAAGAGAUCAAAGACAGAGCUAGAACUGCAGCAGAAUAUAGGCAUGAAAGCAAAGACCACCGUCCUGAUUUGUUACCCCCACAGGAAUUCAAAGAGAGAGCAAGAAAUGAAAUUGAACAUAGACAUGAAGGUAGAAUAGAUCAGCCGCCUGAGAUCCUACCCCGACAAGAAACAUCCAGAAGCAGCAACAGCAAGGACAGGGUUGGAUUCCCCUCUGAAGCUAAGCAUGAUGGGAGAGAUCGGAGCUGCCACAACGGGGGAGAUCUCCCCCCUCCUCUUCUGCCCAGGCAGGACAGUAAGGAUCUGAGCAGAACUGGUCUGGAAGUGAGACGGGACAGCAAAGACAGAAGUCCAAAUGGCUCAGAGCAGCAUCAUUACGAUGUCAAAAAGAGCCCUUCUGCCAAGGGACAGUGCGACAGUAAAGAGCAAGGACACAGAUCAGAUGGCACGCCCAGACGAGAGAACAGAUCAAACUACAGCACGGACCAAUCAAAAGCACAAGAGAGGAACGGCAGCACAAUGUCAGGGCAGCACUCAUCCACAACGACACCUACUCACCACGGGAGACCCUCUGGUAGCCCACCAAUGCCCACGGGAACAGGAAAUGAUCUGAAAGCAGUACCUAAGUAUUGCCGCUCACCUUCUAUGCCUGCUAACCCCUCCCCAAUGGGAACUCCACAGAGGAAAGCAGCAGAGGCACAUCAGAGUCAGAUGCCCCAGAUGCCAUGGAUCUGUGGAGACAGCACCAUGCUAGAGCAGAUUGAGAGGAAACGCACCCUCUGCAUGGAGAUCCGCUCCAAACAACACCCACACCUGCAGAGAUCUCUGGAGAGGCCUCCUCCUGCGGACAGGAGCGAGGACAAGCCCCAGGAGAAGAGCCAGUGCAAGCAGCAAAAUGCAUCUGUCCCCCCAGGCUGGGGGAAGAGCAGCGGGGCCAAGAAGAUCCGUCCUCCCCCUUACCCCACACAGAAAACCGUAUUCUGGGACACGGCCAUCUGA